AGGAGGCAGCCACAGACCAAGCAGUGCAUGUCUGUUUGGGCAAGAAAGGCAGACCAUGCUCCUGGAAUCACCCAGGAUGUUGCAAGUUCUUCUUCUGGUGGCCACUUUCUUCCUUUCUCCAGGUCCAGUAAAUGCUAUAAAAGAACUCCCUGAAGUAAAGAACUAUGAAGUGGUUUAUCCCAGAAGACUUCAUCCACUACAUAAAAGAGAGAUCAAGGGGCCAGACCAACAGGAAAAAUUUGAAACUGAAUUGAAGUAUGAAAUGACCGUUAAUGGAAAAAUCGCAGUGCUUUAUUUGAAAAAAUCCAAGGAUCUCCUUGCACCAGACUACACAGAAACACAUUAUAAUUCCACUGGAAAGGAGGUCACCACUAGCCCACAGAUCAUGGAUCACUGUUAUUACCAAGGACAUAUCAUUGAUGAAAAAGUUUCUGAAGCUAGCAUCAGCACAUGUAGGGGUCUAAGGGGCUACUUCAGUCAGGGAGAUGACAGGUACUUCAUUGCACCUUUAGGCCUCACACACCAGGAUGAACAGGAACAUGUGCUCUUCAAGCAUGAUCCCGACGAAAAGAAGGCUGACAGUACCUGUGGGAUGGAUGACAUGUUAUGGGCACACGGAUCUCGGCAGAAUAUGGCCCCACCUGCCACCAGUCUGGUUAAAUCAAACUCCCGGAAGGUUUGGGAACAUAAGAAAUACAUAGAAUAUUAUUUAGUCCUGGAUAAUGGUGAGUUUAAAAAAUACAAUCAAGAUCCAGAGGAAAUAAGAAAGAGGGUGUUUGAGAUGGCCAAUUACAUCAACAUGCUUUAUAAAAAGCUCAAUACUCACGUGGCCCUAGUUGGCAUAGAAAUCUGGAAUGAUGUGGAUAAGAUAAAGAUAACUCCAAAUGCAAGCUUCACCUUGGAAAACUUUUCUAAAUGGAGGGGGAGCGUCCUCCUAAGAAGAAAGAGUCAUGACAUUGCUCAAUUAAUCACGGCAACAGAACUUUCUGGAACGACUGUGGGUCUUGCUUUUAUGUCUACAAUGUGCUCUCCUUAUCAUUCUGUUGGCAUUGUUCAGGACCACAGUGACAAUGUGCUUAGAGUUGCAGGGACAAUGGCCCACGAAAUGGGCCACAACUUUGGAAUGUUUCAUGACUCCUAUGUCUGCAAGUGCCCUUCUACAAUAUGUGUGAUGGACAAAGCACUAAGUUUCUAUAUACCUACAGACUUCAGUUCCUGCAGCCGUGUCAGCUAUGACAAGUUUUUUGAAGAUAAAUUAUCAAAUUGCCUCUUUAAUGCUCCAUUGCCUACUGAUAUCAUAUCUACUCCGAUCUGUGGGAACCUGAUGGUAGAAAUGGGAGAGGACUGUGAUUGUGGGACUUCUGAGGAAUGUACCAACAUUUGCUGUGAUGCUAAAACAUGCAAAAUCAAAGCAGGUUUUCAAUGUGCAUUAGGAGAAUGCUGUGAAAAGUGCCAGUUUAAAAAGCCUGGUACGGUGUGCAGACCAGCAAAAGACGAGUGUGACCUGCCGGAAAUGUGUGAUGGUGAAUCUGGUAUUUGCCCUAAGGACCGAUUCCGAGUCAAUGGCUUCCCUUGCCAGAAUGGAAAGGGCUACUGCUUGGUGGGUCUGUGCCCCACUCUGCAGGAGCAGUGCGCCGAGUUUUGGGGACCAGGAACUGAGGUUGCAGAUAAGUCAUGUUACAGCAGGAACGAAGGUGGGUCAAAGUAUGGGUACUGUCGCAAAGUGGACGACACACGCAUUCCCUGUAAAGCAAAGGAUGCCAUGUGUGGCAAGUUGUUCUGUCAAGGUGGGUCGGAUAAUUUGCCCUGGAAAGGACGUGUAAUAACGUUCCUGACAUGUAAAACAUUUGAUCCUGGUAACAACAGUCAAGAAAUAGGCAUGGUAGCCAACGGAACGAAGUGUGGAAACAAUAAGAUUUGCAUUAAUGCAGAAUGUGUGGAUAUCGAGACAGCCUACAGAUCAACUAAUUGUUCAUUUAAGUGCAAAGGACAUGCUGUGUGUGACCACGAGCUCCAGUGUCAGUGUAAAGAAGGCUGGGCUCCUCCCAACUGUGAUGACUCCUCAAUGGUCUUUCACUUCUCCAUUGUGGUUGGGGUGCUGUUCCCUGUGGCGGUCAUAUUUGUGGUGUUUGCUGUAGUAAUCAGGUUCCAGAGCACCAGAGGGAAGCAGAAGAAAGUCCAGAGGCCACUGUCUACCAUGGGCACCAGACCACGCAGACAGAAGAGGAAACCUGAGACGGUGAAGGCUGUUCGACGCCAAGAGGUAAAUCAGAUUAAGCUUCAUGUCCGUGAUCUACCAGCAGAGGGCAGUGAGCCUCCAGCUUCUUUUCUCAUUAAAAAGCCAGAUUUUCCGCCACCACCGAUUCCUACAUCUGUAUCAUCUUCCUAUUUCCUUCAUAAAGACACAAAAGUACCUCACGCUACUGUUUUCAAGGAUAAUCCUAUGUCUGCACCUAAGGGUUGCAAUCCAAAUGUCUGAAGCAGCAGCUAAGCAAGGAUUGGUGGGUAAAUGAUCAACUUGGAAGAUAGGACAAUGUGGAUGGAAGAGAAAUAUAUGGGCUUUCUCAGUACUAUUUGCUCUUGAUACCCAAGGAGGUUAACAUUUCUUUAUUCAUGUUAUAUUUUGAAGAGAUUAAACAAAUAACAGAUAUUUUCAAGAGAGACAUACUCUUGAGAAUCUUUGUAUGAAUUUAAAAUUUCUAUUCUCCAUAUUUGGGAAGGAAGAUGACUAAAGAUAUACCUAUGAAGCUGAAAUCUCUAAUUAGGUGACUUUUCUAGACACUCCCCCACUUUUUUUUUUUUUUUAUUGGGAUGUUGACUAAUAUCUGUUCAAAUAUUUUGAACACCUUGAUUAUCUCAUUUGGAGGGAAUUAAUUCACCCUCUAAUAGGAACAAAAAAAAACACACAAAAAACAAGGAAUCAUAGAAACUCAGAUGGAAGAAAAUUAUACAUUUAUCAUUAGAAGACUAAUAACACCUUGAUUAUUUUAACUAUUAACCUA